GGUUGCGAGGUCGCACCGCGACACUUGUGACGCUGUACGGCAAAGCUGUCUCGAGGGGGGAAAGGAACUGCCAAGUAACGUUCAAGCGCUACUGCAGCUGAAGCACGUAAAACACCUGGGGGACAACAGCCAGCUGUAAUCAGAAGAGUCCUCCCUCUGCCUCCCUCUCUCGCUCUUAUUCUGACCCUUCCUCCCUCCUUCUAUACUUCCUUCCAUCAGUCCUCCUAACUGCAGUCUGCAUACAGGUCCAAUCUACUGCUGCUGCUGCUGCUGCUGCUGGGUGAUAGGAGAGAGUGGGAGGAACAUUUCCCCUGCUUUGCCUCAGAAAAAAAAAAAAGAAAAGGAGAAAUGACGAGACACCCUCCUGGAGCUGCAGAGGCAGGGGUGGAUUUGGCAUCCAGUUUCCUGCAUUGCACAAUAUUUCCCGUCUGCUUGGACUAAUAGAAACAAAAGGGAAAGACAAAGGAGAGAGGGUUGGUGGACAAGGAGGCGGAAAGGAGAAGGGGAUCCACGAAAGAGGAGAGGGGAAGGAGGCGCGCGGGAGACACAGCAGAUUGCAGAAGAGCGCUGGGAGAGUGGGAGGUAUGAAGAGAGAGUGGGAGUCAAGAAGCUGAAGAUGGAGUGAGCAACACUGCAGCAGAAUGAGGGUCAAAGUGAAAGCAGAAGCCCAGGAGCCGCCGCGUGCACGCCACUCCGCCGUCUGAAGAAGCCAGGGGGGGGCAAGGAAUCCACCGUGGAGGCGAGAAGGAGACGCAGAAGGGGGCCCGAGGAGGAGGAAGCCAGAGGUUCAACGCUCAAGAUGGCUGCUGUGUCCUCUGCCUCUGACACCGUGGACCCCCGGGGGCGCCACCCCCCUGAGCGCCGGCUGCUGAUCCUGGGCGGGCCCCGGUCGGGCAAGACCUCCUCCGCCAACACCAUCCUAGGAGACGAGAUGUUCGACGCCGGCACAGAGACGACCCACAGCAACGUGGGUCAGACGGAGAUCUACGGCCGUCGGGUCACAGUGGUCGACACUCCAUCUUGGGCCAUCCCGGCCGAACCCGAGGACGACGAGGACGACGACGAGGAGCCCGACACGGACGACAACGCUGGCGCCGAGUCGGACAGCCCGGCUAUGCCCCCGCCGAGCCUGGACAGCGAGGGCCCCUGCAUGGGGGCCAUCCUGUGCCCGCCCGGACCGCACUCCAUCCUGCUGGUGGUGUCGAUCGGCCAGCCCUUCGGUGACAGGGAGAGGAGGGCCGCAGAGGAGCAGCUGGGGGCUCUGGGCGGAGGGACCUGGAGGUACUGCAUGGUCCUCUUCACCGGAGUGGACAAGCUGCCCAAAGGGGUGUUCAUCGAGGAGCACAUCGCCAACACUGGAGAGGCCUUGCAGUGGCUGGUGGAGAGGUGUGGAAGCAGGUAUCAUGCCUUUGAUAACACCCUUAAAGAGUCAGAGGAAAACACCCAAGUACCUGAACUGAUGGAGAAGGUGGAGGAAAUGGUCACCGACAACCAAGGCUGGUACUUCGAGGUGAAUGAAUUGAUCCUGCUGGAGGAGGAGCAGGCCCGGAGGGCGCUGGAGGAGGAGAGGAUGAGGAUGGAGGAGCACGCCAGGCAGAGGGAGCAGAUGAUCGGAGGACCUCCCCGAGAGUUGAGGCUGCUGCUGCUCGGCUGGAAGGGCGUCGGCAAGAGCUCGGUGGGAAACUCCAUCCUGGGCCGUCGCUUCUUCGAGUCGGGCCAGGAGACGGAGCUGUGCCUCAGGAGGCAGGCGCUGGUGUGCGGCCGCCGGGUCACCAUCGUCGACACGCCGGGCUGGGACUGGUUCUCGGUGAGCCGGACCCCCAAGCGGAUCCGGCAGGAGUCUCAGCGCGGGGCCGCCCUGCUGCGGCCGGGGCCCCACACCCUGCUGCUGGUCCUGCCCGUGGUCUCGUCCCUCACGGCCAGGAAGAGGAGGACGCUCCUGGCGCACAUCGAGACUUUGUUCGGAGACAACGCGUGCCUCCACACCAUGGUGCUGUUCAGCUGCGGCGACUGGCUGGGACACACGCCCAUCGAGGAGCACAUCCUCCGGGGAGGGAGGGAGCUGCAGAGACUGCUGGAGUACUGUGGGAACUAUUACCACGUCCUGGACAGCAAGACGCCCGGCAAGGACAGGAGCGUGUCGCUGCUUCUGGACAGGAUAGAGGAGAUGAUCAGGGAGAACGGCGACAGGGCCUUCCUCCCCAUCCAGACUGAGUGGUUGAGCGAGGAGAGCUCCUACUCCUCGGACAACACGGAGCCGGAGGACGACUGCCGGGGAUGUCAGCUGCAGUGACGAGACGCCCACCCCGUCCGCCCCGAGUGUUUGCCCGCAUCGUCUUCUGUAGACCCCCCGAACAUCACCUCAUGUAACAUUCACCUCAUCUAACGCGUCCCUCAGUGACCACAUUCAGGGAAGAAGGAAAGGCUUAGGAACAAGAGUCGUGACACGUGGCUCUCUGUUACCAAGACCAUGCUCACUGUUGACUCGGCGAAGCUCAGCCUACGCCGACCAGGGAACGGACUCCUGCUCUGCUGCUGCUGCUGAAAAGACAGAGGCGCAGCGGCUCCACAGAGAGGAGACACACACACACACACACACACUCAUAUUCUGGAUAAUUGCCUUCAUUAAAGUUUGAUUAGGGUCUGCUCAGGGAGCCAGGGGCCGGACUGAUCCCCUUCAGGGGGAAACUAUUAGGAACAAGCUGAUCGACACGCCACAGACCCACCCGGGGAGGUUCUGUGGGUUUAGACUACGAGAGGCGGUUCCCCUGUGCUGAAAGAACGCGCGUUCAAUUAAUGUAGACUAGUGCAGAUUCUGUCGCACCGCUGCGUAGCCUUUCUUUGUCGAGGAGCAGGAAAAGAGCGAAGGGAAGGCCGCCUUGAAACCGUGCAGCCUCAGAUCCCAGCGGAGCAGCUCGCCCCUGCUGCCGUCACGCACCCAGCGCAAACAUCGACUGGGCAGAUUCCUCUCCGUGCCUCAGCUCAGCGGGGGAGGGGGAGGGGGAGGGGGGGGGGGGGGGCAAGGAGCUGUCUCCUUAAACCGCUACGCCAAGCUUUCGCAUGCUACACAAACUAAAUAACCUCAUGAACCAGGAGCUUUUAACUACCUGCUGACCUUUUUCUUUUCUACAUCCAUGAGACGUCGGCUCCUGACAUGCAUCGUGAUGUUUUUUGUUUUAUUUAUGUUUUUUUUUGUUUGUUUGUUUGUUUUUUUAU